UCUAAUGGAGCUGCACGUCGAAAUAACGCGUUUCGUUGGUAAACAUUGCGCUUGAUGACUGAAUAGUUUCUUUAAAUUACAAGGAUCACUUGUCAGAGUAAUGUCGAAGUGCGGUGGAGUUUCCUAUAGUAGUAUUAACUCAAGUGAGCUCAGAAGUGAAAUACUAGGCAGAAGUGAUCACAACAGAGCUAACUACAAUGGCAACUUGGCAGUUUAAUAAUAUUGUUAUACUCAUGGUUCUUCUGCACAUGGCAGCAAUUCAAUCGAACAGUCAAUCCAACACGGAAAAUGUCACAGUUGUGCUGCUUUACCCUUACUCGUCCUGUGAGCAGCUGAUUACCACCGAUAACCCAUUCGCUUCCGCUUUCCUUGUGGCCAUCGAGACCAUAAACAACAGCAGCACCUUCAACUUUACUAUAUCGUAUCGUUUGAACGAUACGCGAUGCAGUGAGCUGGUUGCUAUCGAGGCCAUGACCGAGCACAAGAAUCGCGGAGUUCAAGUUUUUAUCGGGCCUGGAAACGAGACUUACUGUGCCACUUCAGCCCGCGUCGCUGCAGCCUGGAAUCUUCCCAUCAUUUCUUACUUCUGUAAUGAAGACGUUGUCUCCGAUAAAUCUCUUUACCCAACCUUCGCUCGCACCAGGCCUCCCAACUCGCAGCUAAGCAAAAGUAUUUUGGCUGUGCUGAGGAAAUUUUCCUGGGCACGAGUGGCCAUCAUAUAUUGUGAUGGUAGUUGCUUCAGUCAGCAGCGAUGGGACAAGACGAAAGAGGACAUGAAGACAUAUUUUGAAGAAAACGACAUUGAAGUCACUUACGAGGUUCAAAUGCCACAGGAACACCAGCAGGAGAGGUUCGACCAAGUCUUGGAGGAAAUCAAAGUAAAGGCUCGCAUUGUAGUAAUCGCUGCAAAUCCUGAAUAUGCACCUCCAUUCAUGGUCCGCGCUCAAAAAAAAGGGAUGACAAAUGGUGAUUACGUGUAUAUCAUCAGCACAGCUAACUCUGUGAUUGGCCAACAGCAUCAGAACACAGAGUACUGGUGGACAGGAAUCAGUGGAAAGAUCAACAAGGUCGAGGCCGAGAGGGCCUGGCAUUCAGUACUUACAUUAGUGCCCAGACCUUUCAAUGGUACUAAGUACAAAAAGUUCCAGCAGCGUGUGUUAGAAAAGACGAAAGACACAACCCAGGACCAAGUAGUUCAUUAUGCGGCGUAUUUGUAUGACGCCGUGUAUUUGUACGCGUUGGCGCUGAAUAAGACGAUUUCCAACGGACAGAGCCCUAGAGAUGGAGUUGCCGUGUUUAAGAAUAUCAGAAGAACAAAUUUUGAAAGUAUCACCGGAUUUCAAUUACAUCUGGAUGAAAAUGGAGACGUUGAAUUUAACAUGACGCUUCUUGAAUUUUUCAAAAAUGCAAAUGAUGGGCAUGAAAUGAAGACCGUUGGCGAGUUUAAGCUAAACGAGACGAGCGGAAAUCAAUUUCUUGAGCUUUUUUCAGGGAUUAAUAUCAGCUGGUGCGAGUAUGAUCAGCGGACUUCUCCUCCAGCAGACAGACCUCCAUGUGGAUUUGUUGGUGAGCUCUGUCCGACACCUUCACCAACUAACCUCUCUGAGGCUCUAUCUAUGAUACUACAGCCUAUGUGUCCAACACAGACAUUUCUGCAUUGGAACUGUCUCUUAACAAAGAUCUUAAAAACCUCUCAUCCUGGUUUCCUUCAAAUUACUUCCAUUUAUGAAAGUGGUCAACAUGCUGGCUAUUCAGCAAACAGGAAACGCGCCUUUGAAAAAGAACUGGCGAGUCAAAUAUGGAGGGUGAAAUAUGAAGACAUCGUAAUUUGUCCUGCCACGGGUAUUGGUGUUUCAAGAAUAUCAAACAUGAGUGAGAUAUCAACGGCAAACAGAUCUCGGUGCGGUAUGACAUUGGGAACAUAUAAGGGACAUCCAGUGGUCAUAAAAAGCAUUGAGAAAAAUCAUAUUGACUUAAGAAGAACUGUGCUCCUUGAACUAAAACAGAUUCGUGAAGUCCAUCACCCGAAUUUGACCAAGUUUUUUGGCGCCUGUGUGGACGCUCCCAACAUCUGCAUUCUCACAGAAUACUGCUCUAGAGGAACUUUGCAGGAGAUCAAUUUAAACGAGGAAAUAAAGUUAGACAGCAUAUUUAUCCAUAGUUUUAUCCUGGAAAUUACAACGGGGAUGGAAUAUCUUCACAGCGCUGAUAUCAAAUUUCAUGGACAUCUCACGUCCUCUAACUGCGUGAUAGAUAGCCGCUGGAUUUUAAAGAUCACCGACCACGGGCUUAGGGAAUUUAAAGCACGCAACGAACGUCUCAGCGUGAGAAGUUGCAGUUAUGUGAAAGACUACUCUAAGCUGUUGUGGACUGCUCCUGAACUUUUACGCCAGAAACAUAGCCCGUACAGGGGUACUCCACAAGGAGAUGUUUAUAGCUUUGGAAUCAUAGUACAUGAACUGGAAACCAGACACCUGCCAUUUCACGACUGCCACCUCGAGGUAGAGGAAAUUGUUGGUCGCGUUUUGGCCAGUACCAAUCCUCCUUUCCGCCCUCCACUCACGGCCAAUGUGGCUAAAGAAGAUCUUCACCUCUUGAUGAAAAUGUGCUGGAACGAGAAUCCGGAGGAAAGGCCUGAAUUUUGGGAGAUAAGGAAGCUAUUGAAGAAAAUCCACGGGAGAAGGAACAACCUUGUAGAUAAAAUAAUUUACAUGCUGGAAGAACAUUCACUCAACCUGGAAAAGCUCGUUGAAAAAAGAACUGAACAGUGGAUUGAAGAAAAGAAGAGGACAGAUGAACUGCUUCACAACAUGCUUCCGAAGAGUGUCGCUGAUCAGUUAAAAAGUGGAAGACCGGUAGAGGCUGAAAGUUUUGACGAAGUAACAUUAUUCUUUAGCGACAUCGUGGGAUUCACUGCGCUUUCCUCAGAGAGUACCCCUUUAGAGAUUGUGACCUUGUUAAAUGACUUGUAUACCACAUUUGACGCAAUAAUCCAUGGAUAUGACGUGUAUAAGGUGGAGACUAUUGGUGACGCUUACAUGGUUGUCUCUGGUCUACCAAUCAGAAAUGGCCAUCAACACUCCCUAGAGAUAGCUGACAUGGCACUUCAUCUACUACAAUCUGUGCAGACAUUUAAAAUAAAGCACCGUCCGGAAGAGAAGCUCAAGCUCAGAAUUGGCAUCCACAGUGGUCCCGUUUGCGCUGGCGUUGUUGGCUUGAAAAUGCCUCGUUAUUGUCUGUUUGGCGAUACAGUGAACACUGCCUCCAGAAUGGAGUCAAAUGGAGAAGCUUUAAAGAUCCACAUCAGCGCAGCCACCAAAGAGUUUUUGGAGACAUUUGGAGAUUAUAACAUGACCGAACGAGGAUCAAUUGUAGUCAAGGGUAAAGGAAAACUGGUCACAUAUUGGUUAAACGGAAAAGUCAGUCACGCGCAUUCACCAAAAGCUAUUGCAAGAUCACGAUCAGAAACUGGUCAAUUCUCUUCAUCUGGAAUAGAAGUGGAGCUGGCCCGAACACCUGACCCAUGAAAAGGCGGGUCUGAGACGUGAAGGAAUUUUUUUCUCUAUUAACUACGGUCUUAAUUAAAAUAUGAGGCGCGCUAUUCACCUUAGCAGUAAAUCAAUCGAGCAAAAAGAGUUUAAAUGCCGGCCUCCCUUCUCAAUUGCAAGUUCCACAAGAUCAGUGCCGAACUGGAAAAACCUUGCAGUGCGAUCCAGCAGUUAGUUUGGAACGCAAUAAAACCCCCAUGUUAUUCCAGCUGCAUGGAAUCUUGAGUCCUUGACUCACUUGUCGUUGUGCCCAAGCCGACAAAAACAGAUUUUUUUGCUUUUGGAAAUCACCUAUAUUGCAUCGUCCAUCAUGGCUAGUUUUUCAUCAUCUAAAGCUCUUAAUUACAUAAAUCAUUUUAAACUUUCCUGUUAGGAUUUUGAGCUCAUUUUAUUCUGAUUGAUUUCCUUCCUUACAAACACCAAGUAACAUUGACAAAAAAUUAAGACCUUUUAAAAGGCUAAGUACCUCUUUGCUCUUAUUAAUGAAAGACAAAGUUGUUACCUAAUGCUACCUUUUAAGAUUACUUCCCUCCUUCGCGGGUGUCCUUCGGGAAAAAAUUCGGACGCGCGCUAGUUUGGAGAAAACCCUAACAAGCUAUACAUCAAAAGAAAGUUUAAUUCACCGAAUCAAAAUAUGGCGUUCAAUUUGAAUUAUCAUUGUUUUUGA